UGGUGCAGACUAGAGUUUCUAAAACCACAAAAUAAUAAUAAAACUUUUCCCUUAUUGUCUGCAGUUGCACAACAUUCAAUAGAGAAUAAGGAAACGGCCCAAAAACACAUCAAGUUAGGACACAGAAUAUAACGUAGCAAAGUGGAUAAAUAAACAACAAUUAGUCGUCAUGGUUAAUAAAAUUAGAUACAUUGAUGGUCAACUUCAAACAACAGAAGAGAUCAAACGUUUAUUGAGUGAACUGGUAGUACCUACUGUAUUCACCAAUCAAAUAUCAGACUGGGAAGCUUCGAAGUGGUCCUUGAAAGAGUUUACACGUCUCUUUGGUGAUAUUGUCACUACAUUUAAACUUUAUGAAAAAGAGAAGUAUGAAAGUAGAAAACGAAAAUUAAACGAAGAAAAAAUCUCUGUAUCAUCACCUGUUGUUAUGGAAACCGAUUGCUACUAUGUUACUGCGACGUUCAAAGAAUUUCAGUCGUGGUUGGACGUUACAGCAACAGAUGAUUGUGGAGAACUUGGUAAAUAUUCUUGCGAAUCAUACUGGUGUUAUGCAGAUUACAAUUACAUGGCUGAGUUGUUUCAGAAUAAAGAUGAGAAAGUCUUAGCAGCUGUUGAUUGGUGCAAAUUCGGUUAUCCAAACAGAAAUGGUAGUGAUUCCACAAUUUGGAUUGGUAGCGAAGGUUCAUUUACUCCUUGUCACCAGGACACGUACGGCUCAAAUCUUGUGGCGCAAAUUGAUGGAGUUAAAAGAUGGUAUCUAUUCCCACCGUCUGACGCAGAAAUGUUGCACCCAACACGAAUACCAUAUGAGGAGUCCAGUGUGUUUUGUACAACAAAUCCAACAUCUUCAGAAUUUCAAAAAACAAGCUAUAAGGUUGAUUUGCAACCUGGUGAAGUACUAUUUGUACCUAAACAUUGGUGGCAUUAUGUUGAAAACAUCAACACAAGUAUCAGUAUUAAUACUUGGUUAGAACAGGCUGAUGAUGAUGUUGAUAGAAUACGCGAAUCACUGGUUCACCUGUUGGUGCAUUCGUUAAAACUGGGUGAUGGAACACCUACGAAUAGAUGGUUAAAUCCAAAACAGGAAUUAUCAUCUCCCCAUGCUUCCCUUCAAUUAGUUCGUGCAGCCUUUUUAGAGUCAUGUGACGAGACUCACAAUAACAAAUCGUUUGAUGAAUUGUUUCGAAAUAACAAUUUUAUCAUUAAUUGUAUAUCUGAACCAGAGGUUUUGGAUGUGAUAAUAAAAAUUAUGAAAAGAAAAAUAGAGAAAUGCCACGAGGAGCCGGGUUAAAUCGCGAUGAGAAUCAAGGUCUGUUUGACGAAAAGUGGAAAUAAUCAGUUUCUUGAUCGAAUAGUUGACUAUACAUCGUCGAGUUCAUCAUAGAACAUGUCAGUAAAGAUGCUUGUAAAGGUAACUGCAUUUGAAAAAAUGUAACUUGGUGAAACAGAAUGUUAUAUCUUGGAGUAGGGAAAGAUAGGUGUAAUGUUACUGUAAAGAAGAAACUCAACUGAAACAUUUUUCCUUGAACCCACAACCCUGCAAAAAAUGACGCCAUGAGUAUCGUGAUAGUCUUGUUUUAUCCUAAAGCCCUUAUGCUCCCCUCUUUUGAUGACGCAGAAAUUUGUUGUUUAUACGUAGGAAGUAGCAUAACACCAAUAAAAUACAAUAGAUGAACACAAGACGCAAUAAUUUGUUUAAUUCCCGUAUAUUAUUUUCAAAAGGUUUCUCCAAAAAUUUCUUUAAUUUAUUUAAAUAAAAAACAU